GUGGAGGGAGUCGCAACAGGUUGCUAUGGCUUGGCGCUGCUCGGGCAGGAGCAACGGAGAGCUCAUCGAUAAUCUCUACAAGAACGGGCUGAUCCAAAGUGAAGCGAUCAUGCAAGCCAUGAAGCGAGUCGACCGACUCAAUUACCUCAACACAUCCAUUCUCUCGGGCUCUUUCUUCAACCCUGCCCGUUCGGACGCCGACAACAGACAACGAUGGGCAAGGGAAGCCUACACGGAUUCGCCGUAUUCUAUCGGAUGGGAUGCGACGAUAACAGCGCCGCACAUGCAUGCCAAUGCGCUCGAGAAUGUCUUGCCUUUCCUCAGACCGGGCGCUCGCGUGCUUGAUGUCGGCUCCGGAUCAGGCUACCUGCUUGGCAUCUUCAACGCACUCGUCUCGCCAGGCGGUCGCGUCGUCGGUAUUGACCACAUUCCCGAGCUGGUUGACCUUUCACGGGAGAACCUCAUCAGAGACGGAUAUCAGACCGAGCUCAAAUCAGAUGCGAUCAGACUGAUAGCGGGAGAUGGUCGUCAGGGUGUAGAGACGGAAGGACCCUACGAUGUCAUCCAUGUAGGCGCGGCGGCGCCGAAGCUACCUCAAGCGCUCGUUGACCAGCUCAAGAGCCCCGGAAGGCUUUUCAUCCCCAUAGGCACCAAUGAUCAGUCGAUCUAUCAGAUCGACAAGGAUGCAGAUGGCAAAGUCACUCAGGUCAAGCUGUAUGGUGUGCGGUACGUGCCCUUGACAGAUCGCGCGACAUAGGAUGCUACCAGCUAUUUCUCUGCAUGCCACGAGCACGAUAUCGAUCCGGCAGUAGGAAGAAACAGUGCGGAUCUCAUGAUCUGUCCAAACAUUGCGAUCGUCGUCCGAAUGCUUGCUAAGCAGUCCGGCGCGCGAGCCCUCCACAGCGAGCUCAGAUGCUUGGAGUCCGCAAGCAUCUCGAACGGGGUCCUGAGCAGAACAUUGCAGCUCAAAAGGCUCAUUGGAAUACUUCCCUGGGCCAUAGCGCAUUGCAUGAUAUUCCCC